AUAAUCUAUAAAGGGAACAAGAAUACAAGAAAAUGUGUGGAUUGUACAUUACCGAGAAGUGCUACUCAACAAUUGUAAAGCUGAUGGUUGGCUUUCUUCUUCUGAUGCCCCACCACCUUUCACUAAGCUGCCCUUCUGUUUGUCAGCAUUGUACAAGGACCUUGAUGGAGUGCUGCAAUUUAGGUUUAACUUCCAUUCCUUCGAACUUGGCAAAGUCCGCUUCUUCGAUUUACCUGAGCGGAAAUAAUAUUUCCAGUAUCAUUUCUAUAGAUUUCGAAGGAUUUAACAGAAUGUCAGCACUUUUUCUUGAUAAUAAUGAUCUGAUCUCUGUACAUCCACAAGCUUUUGUAAGCCUCGUCGACUUGUAUUACCUACGAUUGAAUAAUAACCAGAUAAAACACUUAAAUCAGGGAAUAUUUGAAGGCCUUUCAAAACUUCGUUAUUUGCAUCUACAAUGCAAUCAGAUUAUUUCUAUUCCAGUAGGAUUGUUUUCUGAUUUGACUGCCCUUCAAUAUUUGCAACUGGAAGGAAACUCUCUUAGGUCGCUCAGUCAUGGGAUGUUCACGGGCUUGAUAAGUCUACGCACGCUUCAUCUUGCUAACAAUAGAAUUUCAUGGAUAUCUACUUCUUCGUUUAGACAUCUCUCAAGACUGGAGUUUCUCGAUCUACAGAGUAACCGCUUGGCAUGGAUCCCAUCAAAUGCAUUUGUUCAACUUAAGGUCCUUAAGAGGCUUAUCUUAUCCAAUAACCCAAUUGAGCUGCUUCAUCCUUUGUCUUUCAGUGGACUGGAAAAUCUCAAAUAUCUUAACCUCAAUAAUGCCAAAAUAAAAGCUAUCCCAAAAGAUGGUUUUACUGCACUGAACAGCUUGAGGCAUUUAGUUCUAAGUAACAAUAGUAUAACUCAUAUCAAUUCCAAUGUAUUUAAAGUGCUAAAAUUACGGUAUUUACAGCUAGACGAUAACAACAUAUCCUUCAUUGAGUCAGAUGCUUUUGAAGGAAUGUCAAGAACUUUAAAAACCCUCCAUUUGGCCAAUAACAAUCUUACAAAUUUGUUUCCUGAGGUCCUGAUGUCACUGAGCUCCCUAGUUCAUUUAAUGGUAGAUGGCAAUCCUUGGGAAUGCAACUGUAACAUGCUCAAUAUGCGCAAUUGGCUGUUGUCAUCUUCAUUUAGGGUAAACAUUCGUUGUCAGAGUCCAUCCCAGUUACGUGGUAAGUCCUUGUAUUACACCAGGAUAAGCAAAAUCAGUGGAUGUAAUGUCACCUUGGCACCUUUGGGGUUAAAUGUUGAAAUAAGAUCCCCAGCCACUCGUGUAGCGUUGACUUCAGUGAAAACAGAUUCCCCAAAUCUACAUUUUAAUCUGGAGCACAGUUCUGUAACUGAGGAAAGCUUUGGAGAUGCAGCCCUGGCAGCAAAAGACAAAGAGCAGUUCCUAAGUACACUUCCAGUGCAGCUGCCAAUUGAAUACACACCCAUAAGUUUCACCACGUUGACAGAUUCAGAUAUGGCAGCUAUUUCAAUUAAACCAUUAGCAAUCUGUAAACAGAAUUUAACCAAGUUGAACCAAACCUUUGAUAUACUGUUGGUCUUCUUUAUCUUGGCAUGUACAGCAGUUUUACUUUUGACAUACAAAGUGCAUCUUUUGCGUCAGAAGCUUAAGGAAUUAGAGGCUGAAGGGAACAAUGUUCUCGAGUACUACAGUGUAUAUCCAUUUGCACGGUAUCACGUGACAGACCCGGUGCAGGCUAUACUUCCAGAACGUGUGUCAAGACCACAAGUGCAUCAGGCAACUACAUUGAAGAUAACAUGUCCUGCUAAUCAAGCACAGGUUAUUUUAUUUGAGCACUCUGUUUUAUGAUUAUGGUGAUGAUAUCUGAUGUACAACUAAUUGAAAUGUUAACAUUUAAAGAGGCUACAGCUAAUUUUGAACAUCACUUGCAUUCUAUGUCGUGGAUGCAUCAUCAAUUUUCCCUUCAAGUUGCCAAGGAUUCGUGCAUCAAAUAAAAUGUUACUAAAGUUUACCAUUGCUAUUCCAUAGCAUGAGAACAACUCUGGUGUUAUAUAACAUAGCAGUGCCAACCAUUUGAGAAAAAUAUUCCAGCCAUGUACUUAACUUUAAGCGGUAUGAUUAUUCAACCAAUAUGUAUUGAUUUAAACCCCUGUCUCACGGUGCGAGUCCACCCACGAGUGAUCCCGAGUUUAAAACAAUUCAAACUCGUGGUAAUCAGGUAGAAUUAACGUAGCGG